AUGGAUGUAAACGACCAAAGCGGAGGUGCAUGGCGCGAAACCGCUGGAACUAUCAAGGAGCUGUGCCACGCCCGAAAGUCGGCGGAAGCAAACGGGGACGUGGCCGGCGUGGCGGCCAUCGACAAAGACCUCAAAUCAUGGAUGAAGAAGACUUUGACGAUGCCGCUUUUUAAGCCGGACUACUCGGGCAUCCUGUGGUGCAAAUACUUGAUCGCCGGUGGCGAAUGUCCCGAAGAAUAUUUCGAAAAAAUUACUCAUUACGACAGCUCCGUUUGUUGUGGUCUUGUGUGGAAUCCAUCGUUCAUCGCCUACCGCUGUCGAACUUGCGGCCUUAGUCCCGGAACGUCGAUCUGUCCGUCAUGCUUUAACGCCGCUAACCACGAAGGUCAUGAUUUCAACAUGUUCAAGUCCCAGGAUGGGGGUGCUUGCGACUGUGGUGAUGUGACCGUCAUGAAGGAGAUCGGUUUCUGUCCUCGUCAUGGUCCAAAGUCUUCUGCCGAAAAGAAAUUCGCCCCGCCCGAUCUGUUCUACACGGCAGAAAUUUUGUUUCCAGCUUUACUGUCAAAGUUACUUUUUGUUUUCCGAGAGUUCUACGGUAUAGACAAAGGUAUUACAGAUGCCCGGUUGGGAUUUAAACGCCCAUUUGACCAGUUGGUCGAUUUUUUGCAAGAGCUGAGCAACCAUGGUUCGACGAUGAAGAAACUGCUGGCAGUGUCAUUGACGGAUCUGCAGGUUUACCAGUCGGCGACUGCUCUUCCGCCGGCGAACCAUGAAGAUUAUGAUCGCAUGAAUGACGCCCAAUCAGCUUACAUGAAGUCCUUAAUCGACGUACGCAGUAUAUACAACGUACGCGAUGUGACGUCGUUCGGUAGCGAUUGCCCGGAACUUCUGACAAAGUUGCAACAUGAAAGCCUUCUGGACGAGAUCAUAUUUUGGUUGAUUCCCGGUCAGUACCCGCAGAACGUGGUUGUCUUUCUUCUCAGUCUUUUGUCCGACGAAGAUUUCAAGAACAAGUUCUCUGUUUCGUUCGUCAAACACUACAGCUAUAUGGCGUUAGCAUUGACCAAGGGAGGUGGCUCACAGAGUGUCUCCAAUCGCGUACUGCAUAUCACAGUCCAGCUGUUCAGUAGCGAUGUGGCCGCCUGUCGACUGGUCGAAAAACACAACCUGUUGCGCACGCUAAUGUUCUCGCUGAUGAGCAUGAUCAAGAUGUGUCUGAUAGACAGCAGGCUGAACAAUGAGGAGCGCAACUUUCAUCUUGUGGUGGAUUGCUCCUCAAACGUCAUGGUCAACCACAACUAUUGGCCGCUGAUCUCUGAUCUUCAAUGUCUAAUCAGUCACGAACGCGUCGCGCUACACUUCCUGCGUGAUCCGAUCCUUCUCCAUCUAUGGUGUCACAUUAUCAUGGCUUGUCAAGGUAUGAAUCCGAACUAUCGCCAGUUGCAAAGACACGUCGAAUUCGAGUCACGAGGCUUCCUUCACGCAUUCACUGCCGAAAUCGAACUGUUUCAGACGUUAGAGUUACUGUCGUUUUCUCCGGCCAUAUGCGCCACAUCACCCCUACGACCUGAAUGGGCAAGCGCAAUGAUCGAAGGGGCGUUAAGGCUGUUAGCUACUCUGGUCACGAAUACCGUUAAUUUGGGUUCAGGCGAUUACGAAAAUACGAAGUUAGAAUUGGCCACGUUGCUGUCAACGGAAAGCAAGACGUACAGCGAACUGUAUUCUCAGAUGCCUGACAAAGGCGUCUUUACGCGUCAGUUGGACAACUUUGACCAAGCACUCGCCGAGUUGGCAGACUACAGUCCUCCCACUGUUAAAAUCACGAACAGCAUGACAGAAGGCACCUACGCACCGAAAGAUAUUGUGUGGGAGAAGUUAUACGAUUCGCUGCAUGUCAUCAUGCGUUCCUCUCAUUCCAGUUUCUACCACACUUCCAUGGAUCAUUACGCAGACUACGUUCGGAAACGUACCGGAAAGCAGAAUGUCUUGACCAGCCAGCUGUGGCCGCCGAUGCGUAUUCCUUCUAAUAUCUUGGACGUGUACCAUGGCCUGCGCGACAUCCUCCAUUGCAAGUGUCUCCAUGCCAUCAUCUACGUUAUUUUAUACAAAGUAAUGCGGUUAAGACUCUGACA